AUGUCGCCACUACCGCCGUCGCCUUCCACUCGUCGGUCCUCCACUCGCAGCACGACCCAGGCCCUGUGGAACGCCCUGUUCAAGUACUUUGCCCGCGGCCGCGACACGCCCGCCACGCUCGAGGUCGAGCCCGUCCUGCCGUCCGAGGCGCUCGACUCGGCCCUGCUCGAGCUCGGCGCGACCAAGGGCGACUCGCCCCGGUAUGUCGUCGCGCGCUCGGCCAUCUUUCAGCAGUACGACUACGCGAGCGACAUCCCCGAGACGCACCACACGCCCCAUGCCCCGUUCCCGUACCUCCCCGUCACGCCCGCCGCCGGCGCACCCAGCCCGUUCACCCACCCGUUGCGCCCGCCCAAGCCCCACGCCCGCGCCACGUCGGCUCCCCUGUACAGCCGCUUCCUCCCGCACCUCACGACCGACCCGACGCGCCCGACCUACUUCAAGCUCGACCAGUGCACGCUCGCCCACCUCGCGACGCUGCACGGGUGGAUGAACGACCCGCGCGUCGACCAGUUCUGGAUGGAGAAGGGCACGAUGGACGAGCACCGCGCGUUCAUCGAGGGCCGCUCGCGCGACCCGCACAACCUGUCGGUCAUUGGCUCGUACGUCGAGCUCGACGGCGACAAGGAGAAGGAGGCCGAGCCGGCCGUGUACGCCGAGAUCUACUGGGUCAAGGAGGACCGCCUCGCUCCCCUCAUGCCCGAGGGCAGCGUCCAGGACUACGACCGAGGCCUGCACAUGCUCGUCGGCUCGAACGACCAUCGCGGCCCGCACCGCAUCCGGGCGUGGAUGCCGUCGCUCGCCCACUACUGCUUCCUCGACGACCCGCGCACCCAGCGCGUCAUCUGCGAGCCGAACGAGAAGAACGGCAAGAUCAUCCAGUACCUCGAGUCGGUCGGCUUCAAGCGCCACGGCAGCGUCACGUUCCCGCACAAGACGUCGGCCCUCAUGAUCCUCGACAAGCACGACUUUUACGCCUUGUGUCCGUUCUGA